GGUAGGGGGCGGGCCCCGGGGGCCUGCGGUGUUUACUGUGCGUGAGGGAAAGUGGCCGUUGAGGGGAGAGGCGCCACUCCCCUUGGCGGGGCCGCCUGCCUCGGGCGCCGUCACCGCCAUGGGGCUCCGCAGGAAAAACAGGAGCCCGGCGGUGCUGAGCCAUGAGUUCGUCAUCCAGAACCACGCGGACGCCGUGUCCUGCCUGGCGAUGGGCCUCCUGCUGGGGCUGAUGUUCGAGGUCACAGCCAAGUACGUCAUCAUCUUUAUCACUGUGCAGUACAAUGUCACCUAUGCCACUGAUGACAAGAGUGAACAUGUUCAUUUUUAUGACUAUGGUCCAAAAGACAUUGCCACUAUCUUCUUCUACAUGCUCAUAGCUAUUAUUCUGCAUGCUGUAAUCCAGGAAUACAUAUUAGAUAAAAUUAAUAGACGUCUGCAUUUGUCGAAAACAAAGCACAGCAAAUUCAAUGAAUCCGGACAGCUAGCAUUUUUCUACUUGUUUUCAUUUACAUGGGGAGCAAGUAUUUUGACUGCAGAAGAAUUCAUGAUGAACCCAACCUCACUGUGGAAAAAUUAUCCCCAUUCUCGUAUGCUUUUUCAGGUAAAAUUCUUCUAUAUUUGCCAGAUAGCCUAUUGGCUUCAUGCACUGCCAGAGCUAUACUUUCAAAAGACCCGAAAGGAAGAUGUUCCAAGGCAGCUAUGUUAUAUUUGCCUUUACAUUGCUCAUAUCUCUGGUGCCUAUAUAUUAAAUUUGCAGCAUUUGGGGCUAAUUCUGAUGGUACCUCACUAUUUAGUGGAACUCAUUUUUCAUGCCUCCCGUCUUUUCUACUUCAGUGAUGAAAACAAGCAAAAAGGAUUUACCAUUUGGGCUUUACUUUUUGUAAUGGCACGUCUUUUGACCCUAACUUUAUCUGUCCUCACGUUUGGAUUUGGUCUGGCAAGAAUAGAGAAUCCAGGUUUUUCCAUAGCAGACGGAAACUUCAAUGUACUCACUGUGAGGAUUAGCUGCCUGACUGCCAUUUGUCUAACACAAGCCUGGAUGAUGUGGAAAUUUAUAAACUUUCAGCUGAAGAAAUGGAGAGAACAUAUUCAGAACCAGAUUCCUAAGAAAAAAAUAACUAACACAAAGAGCAAACCAACAAAGAAGGAACCAAACAGAGCUAACUUUGUCAAUGGAGCAGCAAAAUUAGAAGAUGGAGCAUCACCAAGAAUAAGAAAAUCAAAACCAGUAUAAGCUAAUACUAGAGGGCAACAUUUGACAGAAGACUGUGACUUUAAAAAAUUGAUCCUGCAAAACUAUUAUUUGGAUGUCUUAUUAUAUAAAUGGACACUAUCAGGUUAUAUUUAAAACAUUUUUGUUAUUAACUCACACUUAUGACAACAGAUCAUCUUUAAUCUAGGUUAACCCAACAGCCUUCUUCAAAUUUCACUUAGCUUUGACAAGGAAAGCAGAUAAACGAGUUUGAAUUACUGGCUCUAUGACUAGAAUGCGGUCAGAAAUGAUCACAUUUCUAUAAUAUUUGCAUUAGAGACACUUCAGGAUUCUAUCUAAAUCUAAACGAUCUGUUCGUUCACUUGUUUUUGCAAAACCUAAAUUCUGCACUAAAAAGAUCUUACAGUGUCUGGUUUUUAUUGUUUGGGUCCCCCCCCAAGACUCUUCUCUAGUUCAUUCAUGUUACUUGGAGUAAGAGGUAUGUCUGAAAUCUAUCUAGCAUGGUAAAAAAGCAAAAAUGUUCCAUACCUGAUUUCUUUCUAAAGAUUACAGGUUUAGAGAGAGAGCAAGAUACCAAGAGCUAAUUCUGACAAGACAUCACUAAUCUUUUAGCAUAAAGGUGACUGUAAUAUUUAGUAAAGAUGCAGAUUAUGUACUUUGCCAUAUCUGCUAGAUUGCCUUUUGGAGUUAGUGGUGGAUGAUAGUCUUGUAUGGAGGGGGAGGAAGCCAAUUAAUACCUGUAGUUUAAUCUUGGCCCUGUUUGGGGGAAACAGGACUUCCUUGUAUUUCCAAAGAGCCAGUAUAGCAUGCUUGCAGUCACAUGUUCCAGAAUUUUUUUUCCUCAUCUGUUUGUUUUCUUUCUUUUGAUAUAUAUUGGCACAUCUUAAAAGUCUGGAGUCUACUACUACUUUAGGAAGGUGCUCAAAUAAUAUUGUAAUGAAUGUUUCACCAAGCAUCAUUUCAAGACUUUUUUUUCUUCUUAACCUGUAGAUAAUCACUUAUUUUGGUCUGUGACUCAAGGUUUUAUCUCUGUGAAGGCAUUAACUUGGUCCUUACAUGAACACUAUUUUUGGGUAUUAUUUUAAUAUUAAUAUGCUUAUAUUAAAAGUGCUUGUUUGACUAUAAAAAGAUUAAUGGUAUUUUUGUAAGUAACUCUUAGAUCUGAGGCUGGUAUCUCAAUGUUGUUUACCUUUCAUGAACUCACUUUCUUAUUUGCUGUAACUCUUUCCCUGUGCAAAUAGACUGUAGGAAUAUUGCAUUAAUUCACAUAAGCCUUUACAUUUCUACUGAAAAUGUUUUCCACGUAACUAGAAUACAUUUGUUAAUAUUUUUAAUAAAGUUGUAAAAAUGAA